CUAACCAAAACGAAUGUUGUCUUGCUGCGUUGAAGCAUGUCAAUAACAGAACAGUCAUAUUGAAGCACAUUCAUUUUUUAACUCCACGCUAUGGGACAUAUUGGGAAGUUUGGCUAAACUGUCAGUGCUCCAUGAGCGCGCGGAAGACUGGGCAGAAAUAUUGCAUUUAUUAACGCUUUUCUUGGUGGAUCUCCAUGACAACAAUUUGCGAUGGCAAAGAAUUCAAUACCGCGGUGCUUGGAGGCUGAUUGGGGUGCAUUGUGAGGGGCUUGAGGUCGCUGAUUGGUUCAAGGAAACCACCAUAACUACACGCAGUUUAUAUUCAUUCAAGUUGUUGAAACACUCAGACUGCGUCUCGGGGAGACAGGAAUGGGACUCCUCAACAGGGGACAUGAAUUUAAAGAUGAAGAAGAAUAUAAUUUGCAUGGAUGUUUUUGGUAGUAUGGAUUAAAAGAUUUACACUUUAACACUGAUUAAAAUGGCAAGUGCAGACAGUGAAGUGAAAACGCUUCUGAAUUUUGUAAACUUGGCAUCCAGUGACAUAAAAGCGGCUCUGGACAAAUCGGCCCCUUGCAGGCGCUCUGUGGACCACAGGAAAUACCUGCAGAAACAGCUCAAGCGUUUUUCCCAGAAAUACUCUCGGUUGCCCAGAUGCCACGCACACAAAGCAAGUGAGUCUGGCGUUGCCAAAGCCUUGGUGGACAAGUGUAGCUCGUAUCCUCUGGAGACAAUUCACCCGAGUAUGACUCGCAUAAAUCAAAAAGGGGGUUCGGAUGGGCAAGAUGAGAACUUAAAGACGGGUCAGAACCCUACUUUAGACAAUGAUAAGACUAAGCAAGAUCAGGUACCGAUGAGGAAACGUCAACUCCCUGCAUCGUUUUGGGAGGAACCCCGGUUACCGCAAAACAACAAAGACACUUCACAGCAUGUAUGGAAAAGGAGCAAUGGUGUGACAGUAAUAAAUGAGGCUGAAAAAAGAAAAAAAACUAACGAGGAACCUAAAUCGACCUUUUUCCUCUCCAAUCGACGCGGCUCGGUGGAAAAAGAACCGUUCAAACUUGAAGUCGCCUCUCACAACGUGAGUGUGUGCGGUUGCUGUCCGUUUCAGUACCAUGGACACCACGUCUUCCAGAGUCACAUUGUUGUACCUCAUUCGACUAUGGGAUUCUGGGGGAAAGCCACAAUGUCUCAAACUGAAACACCUGACAUGGCACAAGGACAUAAGCACCUCGCGCAUGUCGUGGUCAAACCCAUACCGACUAAACCCACGGUCCAGCCAUCCAUUUUCAGUGUGUUUGGCUUCAUUUAAACACAAACUAGCAGUGUCAAUAGGUAAAUAAUAACCAUUUAUGAAGAUGUAAGUAUUAUGUUUUUUAGUUCGCUAUGACAUUUGUUUUUAUUUUCCAACUUGGCAUUACUCUUUUUUACAGAGUAGGCAUAAGCACUUAAGAAGUAGCCUUUCAAAUUUUAGAACAAAUAUUUCUGCUUAAAAAUCUGCACCUUUAAACAUACCAUUUUGAUUCAAUAACGUCUAAUAGGAUUACAUGAUUUAAUCAUAGUACCGUCUCAAACAGAAACCUUCACACUACUUUGUCAUCUUUCUAAUCUUUAUAAUGAAAGAGGACGUGUAACGCAGUGAUAUUCGAUGUUGACCAUUUUUUGAUUCAUUGUAAUCAGCUAUACGUAGGGAGAGUUCUACGUGUAUUAUUUUAACACCACGGUGUUAACCUGUAUACAUUGUACUUCUAAAAUUCAAAAACGAAUUAAGCGAAAUUAGUGGCAGUUCACUGGUGUUUGUCAACAAAAGGUAAACAGACCGAAGUCACGUUUCCCCCAGUAUGUCUUGAUACGUGUUGUUUGUAAAUAGCAGGUUACUUGUGAAAUGGAUAAAUUAAAUCUAUUUUUAAAAUAAAAUGCAGGUGUUUCGAUUAUUUCUUUGGUUUCAGCACCAUUUCUAAUGAAGGAAAACUUCUUUGCA